AUCUUCCUUUUGUCAUUGGGGGUGCAUCGACUUCAAUUUAUGUCCAUUUAAGGCAUAUCAAAGGAAAGUAGAUAGUCCGUUCUCUCUCGUUAACGGCCAACGACGUCGUCUUGACGGCACGUUUCGAAAGUAAUUGCGUCAAACUAUCUUGAAAUUGAAGAAUGUGACACGAUCCACGUUUUGUAUUUAAAAUUAACUACAGAAGACGAGUUUUACAGUACUACUGACAACGCCAUCGAAAUAGGUCUGAGGAUUUGUCGAACGAAUGGAAAACACCAAACAGGGAGACUGGGUAGGCAUAUGAAUUCUAUAAUAACUUGAAACAUUCGAUUGCAAUACUCCUGUUGUAAAUUCUGCAUAUGUAUUGCAAUGGGAUUUUCGUGACCUCAAAGGAAUUAGCUUGAAGCAAAUAACAGGUAUUAAGCAGACACAUAGGUCGAACAAAGCCUUGUAUCUAUUUUCAUGGUAUUUGUUAUGGGAAAUAAACUAAUUAUUGGGUGCAUAGUCGAUUUUUUUUUUAUUAAGAAUCUAGUCAGAUAUCAGAAUCUAUAAAAAUCUCUGGUUAGGAUUUUAUUAGUUUCCUGAAAUUUUAAUAAUCGUCAAAGCGGCCCCUAAUUAAAAUGUUUCCUCAAAAUUUGAAAGUCAAUAAUAUUUGUCUAGAAGAGAAGAGCCUAAAAUUAAUUUUCUCGACUCAAAAGUAGAUAAAAUGGCAGGUAUUGUGCAAAUUUUCACGACAGAGAGUAAAUAUUAGUCCGCUUUGUCAAAUGUCUGAAGUUCAACGGACGGGAUUUUGACAUGUACAUGUUCGUCAAAAUCUUGCUAUUUUGCGUCGAGAGGUGACGCUUUUUGCGGUGAGGUGUAGGCGAUAAACCACAGAUUGAAUUUUGUAAGAUUGAAAUGAGGAUGUUGGCUAUAGGUUGAUUUGCAUAACACAAAUCUUUGACAUCGACACAAUUUUUUGAGGCAGACUAAGAAAACAGGUCGCAAGGGUAAGCAAGCUGAACCGGAAAAGUCAUUAUUGCUGUCUGCUGGGUGUGAGAUUUAAGUUUAAUCUGACAUAGCUUUUAAGUAAGAUUUGAGAUCGGUGAAUUUAUUUUAAGGAUGCAUUUGGGAGCUUACAGUUUAAUUUCUUUAUCGUGGUAAACAAUUAGUCUCUGGCAAGUACUAAGAAUACGAAAUCUAUUCCAGUUUGAACGUAUGGAAAUCGUAAGUUAGAGGGAUGUGUAGGCAGAUUGCCACUGUAUGUCACCUUCAGACGGAACGUACAAACGCAUAAAGAUAAAACGAACAAAUGAAAAAAAAUUAUUGAAAUGCCAACUUACGAAAGAGCAGAACCAGCAUGAACGCUCGAAGAAAGCACGAGAAACAGUUCCUGUAUUUUUUGAAGUUUAGGAUAAACAUUUUCAAAUCGAUUCUACGGAAAAUGCUAGAUAUCCAAAUACGUUAGGAUUGCUUUUGUUAUUUGGCCUUAAUUUUUUUUGGGCCGGAAGCUCAAAUGUUUUUUAUACAAAUAUACUGGAAACUUCCGAAAGAUAAUAUGGAUUGUAGUCAUAGAAAUCAGGCAAGGCAAUCAACCACUCACAGCUUAUAAAAAUAUUUGUGGGCGCUCAAACUUUUUUUUUUCAGUUUUAAAUUAACCAUUUUCACAUGGCUGCGAGGAGAGAAAAUGGCGCCUGAAUCUUAAACUAAAAUCGUGUGAGAUAAAAUGUCUUCAGAGCGGCUUGAUCCUAAUUCCAUCUGAAGAAAUUAAACCCAUGACCUGCGGUUUCUGUCAAAGAUAUUUUUGUUAGAGCAACUUAGGUUCUAUAAUUAGAAACUAUCAAUUAAUUUAUUGACCAGUCAUUACCGGUUUGCAUUGAAAAACGUUCAUCAAUUUUAGGCUUGAUUGACGAAUACAAUUCAGCCACUGUUAAGCUAGAAUAUUGCUGGCCACAUUUUAAUUUCUUUACAUCCUGUUUGUUUGAAUUACAUAGUCUUUGAGUAUAUGACAGUCAUUGUUCGUGAAGUUCAUCAGAUGAACCAGAGCUCGAUUUGUUUUCACAGCCACAUAUUAAUCAGCGUUCAAACGAAGAACAUUGUGCUUUAUGUUGUUUAGAAUAAGGUCUCUCGAACACAUUAGGAUCACGAGGAAUCGUUGUUUGCUUUUUGGAUAUCAAACACUCGGCGAUUUUGAACAGGUAUUGAGCUGUUGACGAAGCCAUUCGCGAUUCACUACCAACACAGGUUAGUGUCAUGUGAAUGUUUUCAUUUUAUAGCAAGAGACGAAAUUUAACUCAUUGCAGUGUUUGAGAUACAUAUGCUCCAAUUAACAGUCUGAUUAAUUUUCCUCAACGCUAGUGUUUAAACCAAGCAAGUACCUUAAAUUGAAAGCCCAGCAUACAAAGAAAUAUCAAGAAACCGUAGGAAGUAACGCGAUUUAAAAAUAUCGCUUAGUUCAUAACCCCAUUUGUCUGUGAAAAUCUCGUGACCAAACUAAACAAAAUUUAAAUUGGUAUACGUCACAGGUAAGUUACGGGUUAUAAACUUCUUCUCUUCAUUUCUAGAAAUUAAAAAGAAACAUUGUCUGGUUCUUUCCGGUAGUAAGUCAAAAACAUGAAGAAAUUUGUAUUAUGACCGGUGUCUAUAGGAUAUGCAAAUGAAUUGUGAUUUUUGAUUUCCAAAACACGAGAUUCAAAUAAUUAAUUUUCUUGUAUUAAAUCUGUCCACCUACAGAUUCUUCACAGCAGUUUACACGAGAUUAAACACCAGAUGUUAGUGUGCUUUUAGUCUAAAAUGUUUUGCAACUUGGCCAUAUAUUAUUUCUUAGAAUUAAACAGAUUCCGUUUAAAAACCGAAUAUUCCUGUCUUUUCUUUUUGGUGGGUAAUUUGAGAGUAUGCAAUUUUUGGCCAAUACCCUUAAUGUAAUUGAACAACGAUUGUUAAAAAAGAAAAAAAGGUGAAAGCGAUUAAUCAAUAAUGUUGAAAGGUUACUUAAGGAAAAGUUCAUAUACGUGCGCUGAAUUUUGAUUUCUGUUCCUGCUGGAAGGCCUAUAUCAUCUGAGAGUAGCCACCUUUUUUUUUUAAAAAAAAAAGGGUGUAUUGUAAUGUAAACAGAAGUUAUUCGCUUAAACUCUGCACGUAAAGUAGUUUAGCGGAUCAAUUAAUUCCUAAAGUUUUUACCACAUAAUUGCUGAACGUGUUUCAGCCAUGGACUCGAAAGAUUUUUUUAGUGCAAAUUACGAAAUGCAUUCAUUUCUGUUCCACUUUGAUUGUUAAACAUGGCCGCAAAUGGUAUGAUUACUGUCAUCGGUCCGUCUGUUCCGAGUACAAUUUAAGUUGCCUACGGUAAUUAAGAAGCGUUUUAGAAUGAUUUAAAAAAGUCGCAUUAAGAGUUACUGAGCUUAGAGGAACAUAGGUAAGGUAAAAAAAAAAAAAACGGAGAUUUGAAAUAUGAACAACCGCAACUACAGCAAACUUGUAAGAGGAUAUUUUUUCUUCAAAUCUGAGGCGAAAACUGCUUUCACUGAACAUCUUACCGCGAAGGAAAAAAAAGCCUUUCAACAAGAGAUUUCUGCCAUUUUUUAAAAUGCGACAAUCAAACGUGUUAAAAAUUUAAUACAUUUCAAAAUCUAAUUUUCACCAUCUGGCGAACUUUCAUGUGAAGAGAAAAAAAAAGGAGUAGAAUUUAAAAUAAAUACAAACGCGAAAUUAUUAGAAAUGGACUUGUACAUCAAAGGACUUUUACGAUGCGAGAUAUUUUUUCGUCAAAACCGUUUUUCAAUACAUUUCCGUCUUAAUGUUAACCUCACCAAAGUUGAUCUUCGUAUUACCCACUUACGAAACUGAUUACUACCAAAUCCUUCUCAGGAUUUCUUUAGAAAUUAAGGAAAAAAGUAAUGUUUUGAUCUCUAGUUUUUGCUGUUUGCUUGUUUGUUUGUCUCUUUCGAAGCCGAAGUUUUGGCCUGCCACGCAACGCACUCUACCGAGGCGAAAAUUUUGCGAGACGGGCCGACGACACGCAUGAGAAGCAGGGUAGCGUGGAUUCAAAUAAACGAAAUGUUUUGUAGAUUUUUAACUUUCUGAAAUUAACACUCGAACUUUAAAGUUUGAUUUCAGAACUCUCGACACCAUGUAUGAACCUCACCUGCUUACUCCAUCCCAGGAACGGCCGCGCAGCACUCGGUCCCAUUCUCUCAAGCCAAUUAGUCAACCUAAUAUUCUGACUCAGAGAAAGCGACUUUACAGCCUCCCAUCCAAACCUGUAAUCCCGCCUCACAUCACAAUACAAGCCUGCCAAGACAGCAGCCAAGAAAGCUUCAGUGACGACGAAGAACAAAGAAGUGGAUGGAGUCAUGAAAGUAUGGGUGAGAGAGUGAUAAACCUUUUCAAUUCAAAUCAUAAUUUUAGAUUAUUUUUCCUACGAGGCAGAUGGUCCCCUCUAAUAAGAGGAGCCUCAGUACAUGCAUCACUUUCGUUCUCAGAGGUGCAGUUCAUAUUACCAGUUCUGUCACUGCUUGCUACUGUCUGAUGCAAACACUUUUCCCCAGACAUGAUGGUAAACUGCAAUAGGAAAUUUUGCUUUAAAUUUGAGCACAAGUCACAAGCUCAACCUCCUUUAUUUAAUGAAUGGCAAAAUGUUUGAAAUUUGCUUUUGCUUAAUUAUCUUACUUUUCUGUUAAAUUAACUUUUUUUUCUGUCAGCGUGGUACACUCCCGUUGUUGGUCUAUCCUGUAGUCUUGUGAUGUACCUAUGGUCAUGUAUGCUGGCCUACUAUUCGUCAACAUAACUCUGUGGAAACUAUCGGGUAAGCUUCUUUAUUGAUAAGACGAAAUGUCACUACGUUCAUCUUCUAAGGUUUUUUGAAGCAAUAAACUCGAAACGACAUAAAGAUUAAACAAAUCUAAUAUCACAACAGCGACAUUACAUCCAGACAUCCGACAACACGAUUCAUAAUGAACCCCUGGACGUAGAAAAGUCAGAAUAUUUAACCUUUCAUUCCCAUGAUGUAUGUAUGUACGUAUGUAUGUAUGAUCUCUUCAAUAAUUCUCCUUCCUACCUGUCAUACAUUGCUUAUAAUUUUAGUAUGGAGAAUUUGGUAUUGAAUGAAAUUGCAAUCCACUAAUUUAUGUUUUUCUAUAUUCUCAUCACUUGUUUACUAGAGAUUGUAUUGAUAUUGUAAGGAGAAAUUCUGUCUUGGUCACAACUGAGAGUGAAAGGGUUACACACAAUAGGUGACAAACUCGAAAAGGGACCUAAACAAUAAAAUUACGAAACUACAGCUCAAGGAAUUUUCAAAUGUUUCGCUGAAAAUACCAGACAUAAAAAACACAGAAAAGAUACUCAAACUGAUAACAAUAAAUACGAAUGUUCCAGAAAUACAAACCCAACAACGUAAAUUAGAAGACACGGCACAAUUUUUCGUAAUAAAGAUAUUGCCUUUUUCCUUAUUAAUAUACUAAGCUUAUCUAAGUGCAUUUGCUCAACUCGCACAGCUGGUUUAGAUUUAUUUCAACAGUUGUGAAUCGUGCGCAGAGUGGUUCUGCAUGAUGGCGACGUCGAAUCCUUGGUUCUACCUUUCAAAACAGCGUUGCACAAGAUGUAAUAAAUGAAUGCUCUAGGUAAUGGUUCUUUUUUUCUUCAACCGUUUUUGUUCCUUUGAUUUUUUUCGCCUAGGGUAUCUGGAAGAAAUUUAAAACCAACGAAAGAUGGAAGGAGCAGCCGCGCUUACAUAAAGAGGAAUGGAGUCGAAACCAAAAUUCACCAAAAUUAGAAACGCCACAGAGUAAGGAAUGAUACAGUCCAAUGAAAAAAGUAGUAACAUGGAAGAUAAGGAGGGAAAUAAAAUGGGAAAUAAAUUUGAAAAUGAAAUGAGAAUUACAAAUGGAAAUAAUAGACAACAAUUAUGUGAAUAAUAGACAGAUAUAGCAACGCGUUUACGUAAAACGUGAGCGGCAAGAGUGAUCACGUGACCCCGAUUUUGCCGUUAUAUUUUACGUUUGCCAGCCGUACCUUGUUUCUACGUUAAAGUGAGCUGUUUCAAGUCUGCAGUUUACGUAAGAUUUUCUUCUCCUUUUCUCUCACAGAGUAGAAGUUAGUUGACGCAAAAUUGCAGAAUAAGUAUUUCCCGUAACUUAUACAAGGGCAGAUGAAGUUUCAUGUUUAAAAUCCUUCAAAUACCUUACUUUUCGUCAGCAGACUGCUGCAAGAACUCACGUUGACUCACGAGACAGCUUCAUCGAAAAUCGAAGUGACGUGAGCUCAGUCCCGCGUAGCCAAAGCAAUAAAGUGAACGUUAUUUUACGUGAAACGUGAUAGGGCGAACGUCAUGUUUGCCUGUUCGAGUAAACGCGGUGCUUAAUCAAUAGGGCGUUUUAAUUCCAUUAUCAUGCCUGAUAAAUUCUAUAUUUUUCAAAAUCAAGAAGAGUAAACGGCAUCGAUAACACAGCUAGUUUAUUUUGUUUGUUCGUAAUUUAAAUAAAUUGACGAGAAAUGUCCCGUUUGCACGAAUGAGCAGAAAAGCUUCACAUUCAAAAUUGCUUUUACAUGUCUUAUUUUCUAGUCAAGAUCUGACUUAAUUUGACCCUAUAUUCCUAGUAUUCAGUAAAGGGGCCUUUAUCAUAUCUCUAAGUACAUAUGUGCGCCAUGAAUGGUCAAUUUAGCGAGCGGUAUUUCAGUAUACGGCACACGCUAAAUUAAAAAGUUUGUUUGAAUUGAAAGCCUCAUCCUCUAUUUGAACCCAGAGAUGUUAUAGAUACCUUACUAAUCUCGUGGUCUCGGUCCGUACUGUAAGUUAAGUAAUCUCGUUCUUCCGUAAGUUACAGUACCAACCUAGAACUCGGUUAGUAAGGGAUGAAUCCUAGCUGAAGUGCACUCCUUCUUCUACUUCCUCUUCUUCUUCUUUCUUGCACCUCAAGAGUUCUUAAUUAAAUUCUUUAUUAGCUUUCCAUCUCUUUGCUUUUGAUACCAUUCUUUUCAAUUUUGAAAUUUGGUGUAGCUUAUGAGAACAAGUUUGUUUCCUUUUAAGAAACACACAGUUCAACUUAUCUAAUUGAUAUUUACAAAGUGUUGACGUCAUUUAUGAAAAGCUUUGUUAUCAUCUAACUGUAAA